AUGUCUCACCACAGGGGCCUGGCGUCACUUACACGCGAACCCCAACCAACUCACCCGUUUGUCAUCCGCCCCUCAGAGGCUGAAGUGCGCAACUGCCUCCUUGCGCCGCGAAACCUUGAACUUGCUGUCCGGCACUUACACGCUGAUGGGCUUGUUGUUGUCGAGGAUGUUGUCCCUCACAAGGACCUGGACGCCCUCAAUGAGAAGAUGGUGAAGGAUGCGAGAUACCUCCAGUCCCUCGGCGAAAAGGGCCCUUUCAACUACAAUCUGGGGAACUUACAACAAGACCCUCCGCUUGUGGCUGAGUACUUUUAUAAGUCCAUCUUCACGAACCCCAUCGCAACGCAGAUCACAUCAAAUGUUCUGGGCCCCCGUCCCAAAUGGACCUUCUGCUCUGCCAACUCCGCCAUGCCACCUCUUCCCAGCGCCUCACCUCAACGUCAACCCGUACACUCCGACGCCGACUUUAAUCACCCCUCGCACCCAUUUGCGCUAGUCACCAACAUCCCACUCGUGUCCAUGACUCCCGAGAAUGGGUCCACAGAGCUCUGGCUCGGCACGCAUACCGCUGACGUCUCAGCACAGGAAGGAAAGCAUGGUGAACGGGCCAGCGGAAGAAUCAGAGAGGAUCUUUUGGCUGAGAGGCGUGAUGUGAGAGGACCAUCGCAGCCCGAUGUCAAGAAGGGUAGCAUUGUGUUGAGGGACCUGAGGCUUUGGCAUGCUGGAAUGCCGAAUAUGAGUGGCGAGGUCAGGGUGAUGCUUGCGAUGAUUCACUUUGCACCGUGGUAUCGGAAUCCCAUGAGGUUGCAAUUGGGAGAGAAUGUCAAGGGCUUGCUGGCUGGGUUGGAUCCUUACUUGGAGAUUCCCGUUGACUGGGCGAAGAAUGAUGAGGUUUUGAGGUCUUACCUGCAUAGGGGAUUCGGAAACAGCUACGACUUUGAUCAGGAGAAGUGA